AUGAGCAGCUCACAGCCCGGCGGCUCCGGCCUCCGCUACCCGUCCAAUAAGAAAACAAUCUACGACCGCAACCUGAACCGUAGCAAGAAUGCUGAGCUCUCCCGCGCCGCCUUCGCGUACCUCUUCAUCGAGAUGAUAAACCUCGCGCAGAAGAACGCAAAAGACGUCGGCGACCUCGAGAAGCGAUUAAAUAACCAAGGCUACCCCAUCGGCGUCCGCCUUCUCGACCUCCUCCUCACGCGCUCCGCCAACCCCCUCGCCUCCAUCCGCCCCACGCGCAUCCUCCCCCUCCUCCAAUUCAUCGCGCAGACGCUGUACCGGCACCUCUUUGGGCGGCCCGCCGAUGCGCUCGAGCGAUCCGGUGACGACCCCUCCCAGUACAUGCUAUUCGACAAUGAGCCAAUGGUCAACACAUACAUAUCUUUGCCUCGCGAAAUGAGCAAUCUGAACUGCGCGGCGUUCGUGGCGGGCAUCAUCGAGGGCGUGUGCGAUGGGGCGGGGUUCGCGACGGAGGGGGUUACGGCGCAUAGCGUGGGGGCGCAGGAGGAGGGCAAGGAGGGGAAGGCGAUGUGGCCUGGGAAGACGGUGUUUUUGAUCAAGUUCAAGAAAGAGGUGCUGGAGCGGGAGGAGAUAUUGGCGAGAGGGAGUGGGUAG